CUUGGAAUCGCUGAGAUCGUGGGCCAUAUCAUCUCGUUUCUGGCGCAAGAGUACUAUGACCCCGAAACGGACUUGGUCUCUGCCGCUCUAGUGAGCGAAUUCUGGCUCGCUGAGGCACUUCCUGUGAUAUGGGAGUAUGUCUACUACGCCACCACACUCCAGGAUGUCUUUUCGACACUAGAUCCCAAUCGUCGACAGUUCUGUGCCAACUUUGUGGGUUUUGCACAAACACGGGUCUUCAAUGGUACACACACCCCUCCGGAUAGUUCUUGUGAUUUGAGUGGGAUUGUAUUCCCUAGAAUGACAGACCUUGUGAUGUAUGUGGAAGCACAACGUGGAGAAUGCUCUCUUCCCACCCUGAACUGCCCCAAUCUUCGUCGCAUGACCUUCGACGGUUGGGAUGAUCACCCUUCAAUGGAGAGUGAUCGCCUUGGCCCCGAUGAUUGGGAAUCGAUUUUUUGGGACCUCCCGACCAAGUACCCUAGUGUGAAAGAGCUGGAAUUCGAAUAUCCCCCUCAUCUGUAUCCCUUUGCACUUCGGCGCUUGAAGGCACGGCACCCCAAAGAGACUGAGGACUCGUGA